AUGCACACGGUGGCCUUGACAGCGGACAACAAGGUCGUGACCUGGGGCGUGAACGACAACGACGCUCUGGGGAGGAACACGGACUGGGAUGACGGCCUUCGCGAUGUGGAUGCCGAGUCGGACGAUUCCGAGGGCGAGCUGAAUCCCCUCGAGUCGACUCCCACGGCGAUUGCGUCUGAGCACUUUGGCGCUGAGACGACGCUCGUGAGUGUCGCUGCGGGGGACAGCUGCAGCCUUGCUCUGACCAGCACUGGACUGGUCUAUGGCUGGGGCACCUUCAGAGAUCCCGAAGGCAACGAAAGGUUUGGGUAUUCUGAGACUGGCGCGCUCAUCAAGAAGCAGCCCACGCCCUUGCUCAUCCAAGGGCUGGAAAAGAUUACCCAGAUUGCGUGCGGCGCCAAUCACGCUCUUGCUCUUGACGUGAAGGGCAACAUCUGGGGCUGGGGGUGCGGCCACCAGAACCAAUUUGGCCGCCGCCUGUUUGGCCGCCACCAGGACACCCUCCGCCCGCAGAUUGUGCGCAUCUGCCGCGGAAAGGCCGUGUACAUUGCCUGCGGCGAGUACCACUGCUUCGCCGUGGACAAGAGCGACAACGUCUGGGGCUGGGGCCUGAACAGCUUCGGCGAGGCCGGCGACGUCAAGACUGCCGGGAGCGACGAGGCGCUUCUUCCCGCGCCCGUGAAGAUCCCCGCGCUGUGCGGCAAGCAAGUGACGCAGCUUGCCGGCGGCGCGCACCACUCUGCCGCAGUCACGAAGAACGGCGACUGCUAUGUCUGGGGCCGUCUGGACGGUGGCCAGAUAGGCAUCGAGCUCCCCGCCGAGCUGCUGGCAGACAAGCGCUACAUUCGGUCCGAUGAGCGCGGAAAGGCGCGCAUCUGCCUCGUGCCGGCGCGUAUCCCGACCAUAGGCGCCGUGACGCACGUAGCAUGCGGCACGGAUCACACCCUGUUCAUCAACAGGCAGAACAUGGUCUUCGCGACGGGUUUUGGAUCGGAGGGCCAGCUCGGCCAGGGAAACGAGGAGGACGUGCACUCGGCGAAGUGCGUGAGGUUCAAGGGGAAGCAGCUGGAGGAGCAGGUGUUUCUGUGGGUAGGCGCUGGAGGGCAGUUUUCGGUCGUGGCUGGGAAGCCCUUGCCGGAUCGGCGAGCGCAGGUCUUGGCCGAGAUGUCUGCUCGGCAAGCUGGCUGCGCCGGACGCUCGGAGGGCUGA